GACCGAGCCGGGGGCGGGGGCUGGCCCGCCGCAGGUCAGCUCUAUAAAUUGCGAGCUCGGCUGUGCCCAGUCCCUCCACUCAGCGCAAAAAUCCGGCACCAUGGUCAUGAUCUUCGGUUACUGGGACAUUCGCGGGCUGGCGCACGCCGUCCGCCUGCUCCUGGAGUACACGGACUCGCACUACGAGGAGAAGACGUACACGAUGGGGGACGCUCCCGACUAUGACAGAAGCCAGUGGCUGAAUGAAAAAUUCAAGCUGGGUCUGGACUUCCCCAAUCUGCCCUACUUAAUUGAUGGGGCUCACAAGAUCACGCAGAGCAACGCCAUCCUUCGCUACAUUGCUCGCAAACACAACCUCUGUGGGGAGACGGAAGAGGAGAAGAUUCGUGUGGACAUUUUGGAGAAUGAGGUUAUGGACACCCGCAUAUACUUUGCCAGGAUCUGCUACAGCCCUGAUUUUGAGAAACUGAAGCCUGAGUACGUGAAGGCAAUCCCUGACAAGAUGAAGCUCUACUCACAGUUUCUAGGGAAGAGGCCUUGGUUUGCAGGGGAGAAGCUCACCUACGUGGAUUUCCUGGUUUACGACAUCCUUGACCUGCACCGCAUAUUUGAGCCCACUUCCCUGGACGCGUUCCCGAACCUGAAGGAGUUCAUGGCUCGCUUUGAGGGCCUGAAGAAGAUCUCUGCCUACAUGAAGUCCAACCGCUUCGUCCCAGGCCCCCUGUUUCUAAAGAUUGCCAUGUGGGGCAACAAGUAGGGGGGGCAUAGGAGGAGAUGCCAGCAAGGAGCUGGAGCUGUGCUUGCUCCAUGUACCAGAACAGGUGUCCUGCGUUUUUGCCCUUUGUUACAUUUUUUUUUGUCCCCAUGAAAUACCUAUUGACUCCCUUUUCUCCUUCCCAACCCUAUUUUCAUCAAAGGCCUUUGACGUCAGCUAUCCACUUCAGCAAUUUUCCUCCUCCCCCAAUGUUACCCCUCCUGCGCUAAAGCCAACCAGAUCAUUCUUCCCUCGGUGGUUGUGCCACUUGCAGGAACUGGCAUGGACUUCUGGCCUGCAGAGCCUGCCCCCUGAGCUCCGGAGCACUGCCCUGAAGCCCGGUGUGACCUGGUGUGCCCUUGUUGCUCCCCCGGGGUGGUCCCUACCCAGCCCUGCCUAAUCCCCAGUAAAGCCUUGAGCACUA